GUUUAUGCUCAGCCGUCAUACGCACAGGACAUUCAAAUGAAUGCCGUAAGAAAGAUAAACAGUUUACUAUCGAGUGGAACAGUGAGCGUCACUGGUCCAUCACAGACUCGAAUAAUGAAGCAACAACAGCCAGCGCAACCAAAAACAGUAUUUGUACAGAAGGGCGAAUGCUAUAUCUGCGAUGAGCAUAUCGGUAAUAAUGGCACACUUGUCACCGAAGCCUUUACAACUGCAUCAAAUACAAAGAUCCCAACGAAAAUUGGCCGAAUCGUUGGCGACGCAUUCAUGGUCAUCGUCAGUGUGGACGAUGUAAUUUGUAAGCGAUGCUUGACCAUGUUCAACCAAAUGGAUCGGCUGGAAACAGAUUUGGAUCGUGUCAAAAGCAACAUUUUGACAUUAAUUAAUAAGAAAUAUGGUAUAAAUGACAACGGUAAUGCUGGUGCAAGCAGCACAAAUGUUGUUGACAUUAAACCGCCCCCUGCCAAAGUACAGAGGCUCAACACAAGUGUUGGUACGAUCAAUGCGAAUUAUACGAACCGAAAGACGAGCAACGGUGGCGAUGCCGAAGAUGACACCCGAAAAAUAACGACCGUACCAUUGUUGCAGCCCAUCCAGUCACAGCCAGUGAAUCAAUUCGCCGGUGGUCAACGUAUAGUGAGUGUCAGUGCAAGUAGUGAUGCCAUCGAUGGCACAAUUGCCGGAUUGUACGAGACGGCGCAACAGAAUAACUUUGGUCAAACACAAUUGGUGCGGCAAGUAAAUCAACAGGCAGCAUCCACGCAACGGAAACCGAUCAAGAUUUACAAAUGCAUGUCGUGCGAUUUUAAAACAACCGAUAUCAAACUAUUUCAACCGCAUUAUGAUACAUGCCGACAGCAGAACGGUUAUCGUUGCAAAUUGUGCAAAAAGCUCUUCACUAGCGUGGUCGCCUUGAAGGCACACAACGUCGAAAAGCAUGCAAGCGAAUUCACAUGCAGUAUAUGCAGCAUAAACUAUAUGAACGAAGCCACGUACAAGAAGCAUAUGGAAACUAAUCACCCGGAUAUUAAAACGAUCGAAACAUCGACAGCAGUGGCUAGCGGUCAACUGUAUUCGUGCAAUAUUUGCACUUUUAAAACGUAUGAGAAAGGUGUAUUCGAAGCGCAUUCUCGAAAACAUGUCAAGGUAAAGCCAUUCAAAUGCCGCAUUUGUUCAGCGCGCUUUGAGACCAGAGAACUAGCCGGCGUUCAUGCAAAGACUCAUUGUCCCGACUUCUUCAAAUGCGGAACAUGUUCGAUGACAUUCACACAAAAGGAUCUACUUGUAAAACAUUUCGAGACACAUAAGCCACAGCAGCAAGUCGGCCAGAAGCAACAGAUCGUGUCGCAAAUACAGACGUCACAAUUGACGCAACCAACACAAAUUGCCGUGUCACAAGAUCUCACCACUCAAAAAUUGUUACAAGAUACAAUCGAUGAGGCAUUGCGAGAGACUGGCGACGCUGGCCCCAAAAUUAAUUUCUAUUCGUGUCACAUUUGUUCGCUUACAUUUAUCCAGGAGACUUAUUACAAACAGCACAUGGAGACUCACAAGCGUGAGAGUAACAAAAAAACCGGCUCACAAGCCGUUGCCGUUACAACGUCAACCGUUUCGAAUACACAUAGUCUAAUACGAACCGAUCAACGGGUGGCGAAUACACCGACCACAAUCAUUCAAACACAGACAAACACAUCUAUAUCGGACAAUGAUUUAGAAAUCAUGUUCGAAAAAAUGCAUUCAGACAAAGCGGAAAUCGAAGGAAAUGCCAACAAUACCGAAGGCGUGGUGAUAACAAGCCACGAAAGUUCGACCGGUGGAUACACAUUCAAUAUCACCAUGGCAAAUCAGCAGGAUGCCACAGCCAACAAUAUCGACGUAGAGAAUAAGAACAAACAAGAGGGCAACGAGGGUUUGACGCCAGUUACUAUCGAUAUGCCACAAUUGGAUCAAAGCGAUGAUCAUCAAUUGGAACUUCAACAGCAGCAGCAACAACAGCAACAGCCUGCCGACCAAGAGCAACAAACAAAUUCAGAACAACAGCACCAAGAACAUUUGGAUAACGAACAGAAACUCGCACAGGGUGUUUCCGUGAGUAUGCCAAGUUUAGACGACGAUGCGGAUGGAAGCCAACCGUCAAGUAGUGAUCAGGUGCCGAUGGACCUGGACGACAUUCAAAAUGCGGCCGAAAGUGGUCAAAUCAAAUUUAUAUUGAACGAAAAUGGUCAAUUGUUGCAAUUGGAUAACCACAUUCUAACCACCGAUGCGGAGGGUAAUCAAAUUUUGGUGCAGGAUAGCGAACAGAUUCAACAGCUAUUGCAAAGUGUUGGCGUAUUACAAGCGUCAGACGGUGAAGGUGGCGAGCAAACGUUUCAAAUGAUUCAAGGCGAAAAUAAUCAGAUGAUCUUAGUGCAAGGCGAUAACAAUGAGGCCCAAUUAAUCGAUGCCUCAAUGCUAAACGAAGAUGGUCAAUUAGUUAUCCAACAUCAUGGCGAUCAAUUGCCCGAAGGCAUGCAUGUAGUUAAUGAAGAUGGUGUCCAAGUGCCGGUAUCAAUAGCAUUCGCCCAACAUUUAGAAUCGGCCGCCGUUGAACACCAUCAGCAGCAACAAGAGCAACAUGAGUUGCAGCACCAAGAGGGCGAACAUGAAAUUGAACAAAAGUCCGCACAUCACCAAGAUCAGCAACAACAUACCGAAGAAAUCGAAGCCGAACAAGCGAUCGCCAUCAAAUCCGAAGACACGUCAUCGCAAGACGGCGACCAGCAAGCGGCCACUGAGGCUGAUUCAGGUAUCACUACGGUUACAACAUCGACGAGAGCACCAGUGACAUCAACAACGGGCGAAGUAUAUUUCAGUUUGGAUGAAAUUAUAAAUCAAUCAGAACAAAAGUAAUCGCAACAAACACCGAUGCACUGACCUGCCCUUUAAGCUUUCGACUUUUAAGUAGCUGUUAGUAUUAUUUUUUAUCAAAUUUUAGAAAAACUCGUCGUUGCAAAAUUAUAAACAAAACAACAAAUGCUAAACAAAGAAUUUAGUGGAAACAAUACAAAAAAAGCGAUCCAUGUUUUGAUUGUCAUAAUCAAAACGGAAAUGAGAAUAAAAGAGAAAAAAAAAAUACAAAAACACA